UCUUUCCUCGCAGAAAAGCGACGGUGCAUUUCGAUCUUCCUCAUCUCCUCAGUUGUGCGAUUCGAAGAGGUUGUCGGCUCUUUCUGUGUGCCUCCUUCUCCAUGUACAUGGUCUACGGAUGAAGAUAACGGCUUGACCACAUCAUCGAUUACCGUAGUUUUUUGGUGGGUUAUCGGAAUGGACUGCGAAGAACCAGGCAGCGGCUGUGUUGGUAACAGAGCUUUUUUAUCCUGGUCCAUGUUCAAAGCUAGGUUAGAUCGGAGUCGCACGCUGUUCGGUUCUAAGUAGUUCUCCUGACCAAUUUGCUCAUAAACUGGAUCGUAUGUUCGGUUCAAAGGCGUUGGCGCUAAAUUUCGAAAGGAAUAAUCAGAUAACGAAGCGUUGAGAGUGAACUUCGAAUGAUUAGCAACAACCCUUACCUCGUAGGUAGUGUCCCCGUCCUCUUUGAUAACCUUGUUGUCCUGAUAAUUUGCCCAUGCGUAAAAGACAGUAACCCCGAUACUAGACAAUAUGGCAGAAAUUGUGACGAGCACUGUAGAGGCACAGAUGAAAGUCCGAUGGCAAAAUGCAAGAACAGCGAAUAGCAGUGCUGACGCCGAGAACACAACUGCUGACCCGCACCCAGACAGAGCUGCGAUUUUCCAGCCUGCAAGGUGA